UUCCUCUUCAUGAGUUGUAGUUGUGUGUGUGAGUGAGUGCAGUUCGAACGUUAGCUUGUAGUUCUGUGCCUCGCCAGGCUAAAUUAGCUGGCUAACUGGCUUCCACAGCUGGAUAAAUCAUCGCUGUUACUCGUUUCUAUCAUCCGAAAGGAGUCCAUCUUCUGGCGAGAUCAUGGCAGAUUUCUCGCUGGCAGAUGCUUUAGGAGAUGACGCCCCGAGCCAGGCAAAGAAAAUGGGCAACACUAACCCGUCUGCCCCUGCCAACAAUCCUCCACCUGCUACAAAUCCAGGAUGGCCUGGUUCAGCCCCAGGAGCUCCCACCCAGCCCUCUGCUCCGGGUGACUUCACUGGUGGAUCAUCAGGCCCGGGAGCUCCAGGGCAGUUCCCGUUCCCCUCCGGUCCUGGAGCACCAGGGCAAUACCCAGGACCCCCUUCAGCACCUGGUGGGUUCCCCCCUGGUCAAGGGAUACCUGGACAAUAUCCACCUGCACCUGGAGCUCCAGGGCAGUUCCCCUCCAGCCCUGGAGCCCCUGGUCAGUUCCCUGGGCAGUACCCACCUGAAGGAGCUCCAGGACAGCUACCCGGAGGCCCUGUUCCUUACCCAACUGGACCAUUUCCCUCUGGCCCUGGAGCACCCCCUGGGCCUUAUCCAAAUGUGCCUUUCCCAGGUGGCCAGCCAGGAGGAGGGAAUGGCAUGUAUGGACCAGGCGGUCCAGGAGGAUUCCCUCCAGCUGGUCCGGGCUCUUUCCCUGCAUUCCCUGCUGGAGGCUUUCCCCCAAUACCUGCUGGGUCAUGGGGACCACCUGCAGGUGGAGGUUUCCCUGCUGCUCCUGGCCUUCGGCCUGGGCCUAUGGGUCCAUAUGGUGGGCCUUCUGCUCCAGGAGGCAUGCUGAUGGUGCCGUAUGAUCUCCCUCUUCAUGCUGGAAUGAUGCCACGACUUUUGAUCACAAUAGUCGGGGAGCCUGUACCUGGUGCAGACAGGUUCCAUGUGGACUUCAUCAAAGGUCCAGAUGUCGUCUUUCAUUUCAAUCCUCGAUUUAAUGAGCAAACUAUUGUGAGAAACUCCAACCUCAGUGGAUGCUGGGGGCCUGAGGAGCGAGAAGGCGGCUUCCCAUUUGUUCAGGGGCAACGUUUUGAGCUGAAGAUCCUGGUGGAGGAGGACAUGUAUAAAGUGGCAGUGGACGGCACUCACCUGCUGGAGUACGAGCACAGAGUCGGAGGGCUGGAGGAAGUGACCCUGGUGCGAGUCGUCGGAGACGUCAUCCUCUACAGUGCCGGCCCGAGCAUGAUCUGAAUCUCAGAGCUACUAAACCACACGCUGCACGGGGAGACAUAGGUCAAACUUUACCACUGUAUUUCUGUAUUUGAAAUCCCUUCAAAUACUUUGAUGCAUUUGAUGGAAUUUGCAAGGCACAACAGUCAGCGAGGUCCAAUCUUUGCCCUCCUGGUUCUUCAUCAUUUAUUAUAAAACAGAUGCAGAUUAACCCAGGUCUGCACACUAAAGUCUUUCUUUUUUUUUACUGGAUGGCAUCUUAUUUUAUAACCACUCACAAUCCAAUAUAUUUUAUGACAUAGCAGCAUCUAAGUAGUGAAUGAGGUGAAGUGCAUUUAAAGUGGAUAUUUUAAGGAAAUACUAAUUUAUUCCUGAUGAAAUGAGGCCAAGUGGAAAAGUGUGACAUGCCCCAAACAUUCAUAUGGUUUCCACUUGUAUGCUGUAUUUUGUUUACAGUACAUGUACGCUUAUUAUUCUGUCCUUUAUAUCAAAAUCUUGAUAAGCCUUUGUAAUGCAUGAGAAUGUGAUGCUGAAAAUCAACUUGGUCUCCUCUUAUUUCAGUGCUGGCCAACAUACAGUAGGCUAAUAAUCAAGUUUCUUAAAUUUUAUUUAAAUACAGACUUCCCCCUCCUUUGUUCAGUAUUAAUCCUCCUGAGCUCCUGGACCUGAGGGUCGCGUAACGCUUUAUGAAAUAUGAUUUCAUGUUGAAGUCGAAUCUAAUAGUAAAAAAUUUGAGGUUAAAAUUUAAGUAAAAUGUAGAAAAGGGGAGGAAUGGGGGGUCUCUGAUUUGUUGCCAAAGAUAACAGUGGUACAGCAUUUUGAGAUUGUUUGCUUAUAAAUAAAGGGGCAACAAACAAAUAA